AUGACCACUAACGGCUCUGCCAACGGGACCAGCGACAUGCUGCAGAUCCAGUUUGGUCUCAUCAACUGUGGGAACAAGUAUCUGACCGCAGAGACCUUUGGCUUCAAGAUCAACGCAUCAGCGUCCAGCCUGAAGAAGAAGCAAAUCUGGACUCUGGAGCAGAGCGGGGAUGAGUCCAAUGGAAACGUCUUCUGCCUCAAGUCCCAUCUGGGCCGGUACAUCGCCGCGGAUAAAGACGGUAACGUGACAGGGGACAGCGAAAGCCCGGGCCCAGACUGCCGCUUCAUCAUCACUGCGCACGAUGACGGCCGCUGGUCGCUGCAGUCUGAGCAGUUCGGCCGGUACCUGGGCGGAACCGAGGACCGCAUCAUCUGCUUCGCCCAGACCGUGUCUGUGGCUGAGAAAUGGAGCGUGCACAUCGCCAUGCACCCACAAGUCAACAUCUUCAGCAUGACACGUAAACGCUAUGCGCACCUGAGCUCCAAGGUGGAUGAGAUCGCCAUCGACAGAGAUGUGCCAUGGGGCGUGGAUUCCAUGAUCACACUGGUGUUUCGAGAUCAGCGGUACCACCUGCAAACCUCCGACAACCGCUUCUUGCGCAACGAUGGCGCACUGGUGGCCACGGCUGACAAGACCACGGGCUACACGUUGGAGUUUCGCUCCGGCAAAGUGGCUUUCAGAGACUGUAGCGGCCUGUACCUGGCUCCCUCUGGGCCCUCCGGUACCAUGAAGUCCGGCAAGAGCGGCCGUGUUGGCAAGGACGAGCUGUUUGUCCUGGAGCAGAGCCACCCUCAAGUGGUCCUCACUGCGGCCAACGAGAGGAACGUCUCUACCCGGCAAGGUAUGGACCUCUCGGCCAAUCAGGACGAAGAGGGUGACCAGGAGGUGUUCCAAGUGGAGAUCUGUCGCGAUAACCGCAAGUGCGCGUUCCGGACCGCUGCGGGCAAAUACUGGACCCUCAUGGCCAACGGGGGACUGCAGUGCACCGCCUCCACCAAGUCGGCCAAUUGCUACUUUGACAUUGAGUGGCGUGAGAAGAGACUGACUCUGCGUGCAGCCAACGGGAAAUAUGUCGCUGCCAAGAAGAACGGACAGCUCGCAGCCACCAUCGAUGCUGCAGGUCCCAGUGAAGAGUUCAUCAUGAAGCUGAUCAACCGUCCAAUCAUUGUGCUGCGCGGAGAACACGGUUUCAUCGGCUGCAGGAAAGUGACCGGAACGUUGGACUCGAACCGCUCGUCCUACGACUACUUCACCCUGGAGUUCAGAGAUGGAGCCUACAGCCUGCAAGACUCCACAGGUAAAUACUGGAUGGUGGGCAAUGAACAGUCGGUGGUGAGCAGCAGUGACACGCCCGUCGACUUCCUGUUUGAGUUUUGCGACUACAACAAGCUGGCCAUCCGUCACGUCGGCGACAACAAGUACCUGCGCGGCGACCACGCUGGUGUGCUCAAGGCCAACGCCGACGACCUGGAGACGGCCACCUUCUGGGAGUACUGA